AUGACUAAACAAAUCACAAUCAUCGGCGCAACAGGUAUUCAAGGGGGGUCUGUCAUCAGAGCGUUAUUGAAAGACAGCGCCUACUCGCUGACAGCCAUCACUCGAAACAAAUCAAGCGACACAGCAAAGAAUCUUGCUUCAGAUGGCGUUCGCAUUGUUGAGGCUGAUCUCGAUGAUAUCGCCUCUCUCCAAGUAGCAUUUGCUGGAUCAUCUAUCAUUUUUGCCGCCACCAACUUCUUUGAAGCUUUUGUCAAGUACGGUAGCGAAGAGGCCAUUGACAUCGAGACAAGGCAAGGCAUCAAUAUUGCCAAAGCUGCAGCUGCAACACCAACGCUUGAGCACUUUGUUUGGUCGACUCUUCCCAAUACCUCCCGCAUCAGCGAUGGACGGUUCGCUAUCCCUCAUUAUGUGAGCAAAAACAGGGUCAACGACUUUAUCAAGGCGGAUUCAACGCUCCUCCAAAAGACGACAUUUCUCUGGGUCGGCACUUACGCGUCGAAUAUGAACUAUCCCUUCUAUCAACCGUUUCCGAUUCCAACGGCCGGGAAGAAUCAAUACAUCCAGGUUCAGCCGACCCCAGCAUCUGUGCAAUUUUCCAUGGUUGGGGAUGCCGCGAUAAACGUUGGACUCUUCGUACGCGCAAUUAUUAAGCAACCUAACAAGACACUUGGCGGCAAAUUUGUCAAUGGCGUCACCGACAUUAUGACGGCUGGAGAAUUGCUUGCGACUUGGGCAUCGGUGCGUGGCGUUGAGGCAGAGUACGUGCAGAUAGACAAAGCGACAUAUUACAGUCUAUGGCCGCAGUGGGGUCAAGCGAUGGACAAGAUGCAUGAGUACUUGGAAUGGGCUAAGGAUCGCAGCUUCUCGGGUGAAGACGUUAUCCUCUCUACGGAGGACCUCGGCAUCAUCGGAUUAAGCGACACGCGGACUGCGUUUGCUAAGAUGAACUGA